AUGGCUGACGCUGCUCCCCGUGGACGUGGAGGUUUCGGUUCGCGCGGCGACCGUGGUGGUGACCGUGGCCGUGGCCGUGGCCGCCGUGGCCGCCGUGGUGGUGGUAAGCAGGAGGAGAAGGAGUGGCAGCCCGUCACCAAGCUCGGCCGUCUCGUCAAGGCCGGCAAGAUCACCAGCAUGGAGCAGAUCUACCUGCACUCCCUGCCCGUCAAGGAGUACCAGAUUGUCGACUUCUUCCUUCCCAAGCUCAAGGAUGAGGUUAUGAAGAUCAAGCCCGUCCAGAAGCAGACCCGUGCCGGUCAGCGUACCCGCUUCAAGGCCAUCGUCCUCAUCGGUGACUCCGAGGGCCACAUCGGUCUCGGUAUCAAGACCUCCAAGGAAGUCGCCACUGCCAUCCGUGCCGCCAUCACCAUUGCCAAGCUCGCUGUUCUGCCCGUCCGCCGCGGUUACUGGGGUACCAACCUCGGUGAGCCUCACUCUUUGCCCGUCAAGCAGAGCGGCAAGUGUGGUUCCGUUUCCGUCCGUCUCAUUCCCGCUCCCCGCGGUACUGGCCUUGUUGCCUCCCCCGCUGUCAAGCGUCUGCUCCAGCUCGCCGGUGUCCAGGACGCCUACACCUCCUCUUCCGGUUCCACCAAGACCCUCGAGAACACCCUCAAGGCCACCUUCGUUGCCGUCGUCAACACCUACGGUUUCCUCACUCCCAACCUCUGGAAGGAGACCAAGCUCAUCCGGAGCCCUCUGGAGGAGUUCGGUGAUGUCCUCCGCCAGGGCAAGAAGUACUAG